GCCACUCACAGGCUCAGGCUCGGCUGACGAACACUUGGCUCACACAGAAAACCCUCCACCAUCUCUCGCCCCCGCCGCGCGAUCCAUCGCCGCGCCGCCCGAGAAGCGCCGGGAGAUCCGAAGAUGGGGGGAGGCCUGGAGGUCGACCUGUCGCACGGGGCCGUGGCGGCGCUGUGGAUGUCGCUGCCGUCGAGGUGCCGCCCCGUGCUGCAGGUGGCGGACGUGCGCCACGUGCCGGACGGCAGCGGCCUCUCCCCUGCGCCGGUGCAGCGGUACCGCCUCGACCUCUCCGACGGCGUGCACUCGCAGCCCGGCACGCUCGCCGCCUCCCUCAACCACCUCGCCAGGGACGGGACCCUCCGCCGGGGAUCCGUGGUUCAGGUCCUCGACUUCUACUGCGACUACCGCCGCAGGACCAUCAUCGUCAUUCAGUUACAAAUCCUGCAACCUGAGUGUGCUCUGAUUGGGAGUCUCAAGCUCUAUGAGCCAACAAGGAAAUCUGGGGGGUUCAGCACUAGAUCAAUGAGAUAUGCUCCAAGGCUUGAUUGUGAACCUUAUUAUGGAGGCCAACACAUUGAUCAGAGUGGUAUUGCCUCAGAGGCUGAGGAAAGGACUAAUUGCUUAUCACAUCACGGGUCUUUUGGUGGAUCCAGUCUACCUGGUAGUGGCACGCUAUGUUCUCUUGCUCUAUUGGCAGAACCAGCUUCUUUGGCGCAAGAUGAGGCGCGGUUCACGGAAAUCAUGGAAGCGGUCCUUAGGCGCAAAUACCUAUUCAAACUGAGAAUCAAGGAGGAAACCUUUAAUGGUGAGCAGCACGUGAAAUCCAACAUUGUUGGUGUUGAAAAGUUGGAUGCGUUGGAUGUGAGCCAUCAUCUCUUGAAAGAGAUUGACAACCGUUUGAAUGGCCUUUCAUGCUCUGCUCCCGAGGACGCUUCGUCCGACAACUCAAAUGUUGGUGGUGCCAGUUUGGGAGCCGGACAGGGCAUGCAGACCCCCAGUCAUGCCUAUGAUGGCUAUACCACUGGUAUGGGUGGUUCAGGUCCAGUCUGUCAGUAAUCAGGGACGGUGAUGGCCUGUGUUUUGUAUGCAAUCAGCCUGAGCACUGGGCUAUGAAGUAUGAAGUAUGAGCUGUCCUGUCCGAGCUACUUGGCCGGGUUGGCCCAGUCUGUCAGCAGGGAGGGGUAGCUGAAGUCUGUGUUUCAAAUGCAAUCAGCCUGGGCACUGGGCCGAAGAUUGCUUUGUCCAAGCCACUUAGUGCCUAUCACGCAGGAAGUUGCUGAAAAGAAACCUAUCAGAUCAAGUAGUUCUGUGAAAGUGUGUGAACUUUGCUUUUGCUUAGGCGUCCUACUUUAUUAUGUAUGUACAGUGGUUGUCUUGUCAGUUCCUAUUUAUAAUCUGGAACCUGUGUUAGCAACAUCAAGUACCUUAACGGGCUCUGCUCUAGCUAUAGGUUUAUGUUAUGUACUAAUCUGUUUGAAUGUAAUGCACUUGUGAGUCGGUGGUAUGAGAUGCCAUAUUUUUCUUCUUUA